AUGACUACCUUGAUCCCGCGUGAGCCCUAUACACAGGAUGAGCUUGCUCAUCUCUAUCCCCAAGGCCUGCAGCUGCAGCUGGUCCAAGUGUUCCUCCGCCAUGGCGAACGCACACCCGUCUCAUCGCGAUUCACAAAUCCGAUAUCGCUCGAAAAAUAUACUGAUUCCUCACAAGACUGGCCCUAUUGUGGCGUCGCAAGACGCAUGGUGCAGAUGGCAUCUAGCAGCAAAGACCUCUCCGCCUGGAACGGAUUCCAAUGGAGACGGAAGAUGGAGUCCUUCGGCGCCAACGACAAGGCAACAAUUGCCCGUGGCUCAGGUGGCGAAGCUGAAGCUAUGUGCUUGCACGGCGAACUUACAGAUAAGGGCCGCGAGACGACAUAUGCGCUUGGACAGCGACUGCGUCAUCUGUACGUUGACCAGCUCGGUUUCAUGCCUGAGAUCAAGUCCCACUCCGAGGAUAUGUACCUGCGCGCGACGCCGAUUCCUCGUGCCCUGGAAUCGCUCCAGGAAGCGUUCUGGGGUAUGUACCCGGCCAGCGCGCGGACGCUUGAUUUCCCGCCGCCUGUGAUUGUGGCUCGCCAAGUUAACGAGGAGACUCUGUUCCCCAAUGAGGGGAAUUGUAAACGUUUCCGUCAACUUGCGCGACUCUUUGCUGACCGUACUGCUGUGCGAUGGAAUGAUUCCGAACAAAUGGCGUAUUUGAAUAGUCUUUGGUCGAAGUACAUGCCCGAAGAAUCACCCAAGGUCGCUGUUGAUGCUCACCCCCGUCUUUCUGGUAUCAUGGAUACCAUUAAUGCAACUGAUGCCCAUGGACCUGGCACCAAGCUUCCGGCCGAGUUCUAUGAUAAGAAGGGACGUGCCGUUCUCGACCGUAUUUCGGUCGAGGAGUGGUUCUCUGGGUACGGAGAGAGCAGCGAGUACCGCAAGCUAGGCAUUGGAGCCCUCAUGGGCGAUGUCGUUGACCGCAUGGUCAGCACCGCCGUGGAGGGUGGCUGGCGCAGCGAGACAUCCGCAUCUGGUUCCGGCAACGCGGAAACUGGCAAGGCGAUCAAGUUCGCCAUGAGUGGUUGCCACGACACAACUCUCGCAGCAAUGCUCUCCAGUGUUGGUGGUUUCCAAGAUGAGUCAUGGCCUCCUUUCACCUCGUCUGUUGCCGUGGAACUGUUUUCGCAAGCUCCUCGCGCCGCCUCCACUGCCGGGACCAUGCUCGAGGAGUUCUCCAACCCCUCCGUUGCUGCUAAGAAGUCCGGUGUUCUCUCCAGGUUGUUCGGCAAGUCCGCACCGAGCCAACCUGCCUCGUCUGAGAGUGCGCGUGCACCUCUCUCCUCCUUCCCCGAAGGCUCUCGCGAGUCCCUUCAGAAGCACUACGUUCGCAUUCGUUACAAUGACAGACCCGUUACCAUCCCCGGAUGUGCUGCUAAGCCUGAGAACCACCUACCCGGUGAUCAGACCUUCUGCACACUGGACGCGUUCAAGACGAUUGUUGAUAAGUUCACCCCGAAUGAUUGGCAGACUGAGUGCACGCAGAACAUGGGUGCCGGUCUCCACGGCCCAGCUGAUAGUGCAAAGUCCGCUGCCGGCUUCUAG